AUGCACAGACAGACCUUUGAUCAGCUGUGUGACACUCUACGGCCCUGGCUGACACGGCAGAAUACAACAUACCGAAGGGCAGUACCUGUAGAGGCUCGGGUGGCAAUUUGUAUCUGGAGACUAGCCACAAACCAAGACUACAGGUCGAUUGGGCAGCUAUUUGGUGUUGGGCUAUCCACAUGCUGCUUGAUCACCCAAGAGGUUGUGACUGCGAUCAAUGUUGUCAUGAAGCCGCAGUACAUAAAACAUCCCACUGCAGCAGAGUUUAGGCAAAUAAUCCAAGGUUAUAGAGAUAAAUGGCGAUUUCCUCAGGUUGUCGGUGCAAUUGAUGGGUCCCACAUAAAGAUCACAGCUCCACAUGAGAACUCAGCUGAUUAUUAUAAUCGAAAGGGCGACUACUCGAUUAUUUUACAGGGUGUGGUUGACCAUAAUAUGAAAUUUUGGGAUAUUAAUGUUGGCCGACCAGGGAAGGUACACGAUGCUCGUGUUUUUGCCCUUUCAUCUUUGUUUCAGCGUGGCAGUGAGGGCACCCUUUUCCCCAGCUGGACUGAAAGAUUUGAGGGGGUCGACGUGCCUCUUCUUCUCUUGGGUGACUCAGCCUACCCUCUUUUAACCUGGCUGAUGAAACCUUACCCAGAGGGACCAGGGGUAACACCACAGCAACUCAACUUCAACCACAGAUUGAGUCAAACCCGGAUGACAGUUGAGCGUGCCUUUGGGCACCUCAAAGGGCGCUGGCGCUGUCUCCUAAAAGUAAAUGAAACCCACAUAACUUUUAUCAGCCGAAUAGUGUCUGCCUGCUGUGUGUUACAUAAUUACUGCGUGGAAAACAAUGAUGAAUAUAUCGAGCAAUACUGUGAAACAGCUGUUGAGGACAGAGAGGUUCAUCUGCCAGAGCAUCAUGGGCCAAUGCAACAAAUUAACAUUAGAAAUGCACUGUGUAGAUACUUUUCUACCAUGUAA